CGCGACGACGACUUGGACGAGGACCGUCGUUCUUCGACUCGGAAGACUUUUCGUUAUUGCUCGUGAGAGAGAGAGAGAGAGAGGGAGAGAGAGAUCGAUUGGCUAGCUUCUUCGUGAAGAAGCUCUCGUCCGCACUCUCGAAUUUCUGUGCAGACGGGAGUUCGUUGGUUCGCUGGCUCGCGUUCGUUGCCGUCUGCCUAUCAACCUGCAGUUGCCCGACCGCUUGGAGUUGGUGGAGGGAGAGUAGUAGUGCGCCUCGUUGCCUGGUUUCAUCGCUGAGUUUUUCGCAGGUUGGUGGUUGUGGCGCUCGUCGUUGGAGUGGAGUGGCGUGGCGUUGGUGGAGCCCUGCAGGUGGACCUGCGAGUGAAUCAUUCUCGACGAGGAAGACAUUGUUUGUUAGAGUGGCGUUUCUGAGUAUUUGAUCGGCGGAGGCGCAGGCGGUGGUCGCUGCUGCUUCUCGGGAUAAAGCGGGCGAGCCUUCGUAUCUUCUUUGAGUGGAGCUGCUCUGCCGCGAAGUCAGUUCAAAUUCUUUUUGGUUCUUCGCCGCCAGGUUCAUCCAAUUGGUGAAUCAUUGCUGCCGGGCGACUUGUGUCAGACUCUUCUGUGUCGAAUACCACAUUCCUCCACGUGAUGCGCCUGCGGUGCUCCUGAACUUCUCUGAAGUCGAUGACUUCGGGUCGCGUCCUCUAGUGGGAGCCUCGGCUGACAUCAUGGGGGAUAUUGGAGCCAUAUCAGAUCUGGUAAAAGGAAUGUGUAGCUCAGUGGGUGUUCAACCCCAUCUGUCUGGUCCCUCACAUCCGCCAGGCUCUGCUGCUGCUGCUACCCCUAGCGGUGCAAUCGAAAGAAAUCAAACUGACUUUAGGGACGCCGAUGCAACUCUUGCGAAGUUGUUAUGGCUUGGCUACCCUCAUGAAAAGGCAAGCGAGGCCAUGCGUGUUUCUGGGAGCGUGGAUCCCGGCUUCCUUUCAGAUUAUAUCAUCAACCAUUCGGAUGAUGCCUCAUCAGGUUCUGAACCCACAGCAGUGAGGAGCAACGGUUUCAAAGAAACAGGGAACGAUAGAUCGUCCCGCCCUCAAGCAGCUAUUUUACGAAUAUGUGAACCGGACGAAGAACGGCCUAGACCCGUGCUCAUGCCAGCAAACGGCAGCUCCCGAGUAAUUGACGGAAAAGGGAAAGCCCUCAUGGACGAAAUGGUCGAAGAGGAUGGCGAACCAGAGGAUGAUAGAUGGGAUGUCAGCAACGCUGAUACCACGCUGGAGAUUUUAGUGGAGAUGGGUUUCACACCCGAUAAAGUCGAAGAAGCUAUAAGAGCACAUGGUAUCACGGGCAAUAUAUUAGAAAGCGUGAGCAGCCUAGCCAACUAUAUCGUCACUGGGCUGAACAAUCUGAACCUGGACCAGGACCAUCCUGAUGACAGGAACGGACAAGUGGGCGAUGAAAACGCACUUGCUCUUGUGAUAAAGGAUUCUCUCCCGCACCAAGAUCUUGAAAUUUUUAAACAAGUGACUGCGAUGGGUUUUGAUGCUGUGGAGGUUUCCAAGGCGAUUGGUAUUUGUGGAGAAGCAGCUACAGGAGAUCAAAUCGUUGAUCACAUUUUUCAAAGUGAUGCCUCUGAGAAAGUCGAGAUAAUUCCCAAGGUGGAACCAGUGGAAGAUAACUCCAUCUCAAGCAAAUUCGAUCAACUCCUUAAUAUGGGCUACUCUUAUGUCAAUUGCAGGCGCGCAGUUGAUACUUACGGUCAGGCAUCAAUCUGUGAACUCUGCGAUUUUUUGGACGCUCUCGGAGAAGAGGACAAGAACCAAGACCUUGAUGCAUUGAUUGUCGCAAGGAGCGGAAAGUCAUCCUCGGAUAGUGAUGAUGAGUCUAUGGAGAACGGCAAGGAGGGAUUUGAUUACUUUCCUCCUAUCAAGAAGCGAAGAACUGGAAAGAUUAAGAAUACGCGAACUUCGAAGGACAAGAGGUUAUGCGUUUCUUACGGGUCGUCUAUAUCUCGGAACGAAGAUUUGAUCCGUAGAAACCGAACGGGUUUUGGCCUCCCUGGAGACAUUGUCAUCACUAGGACACUUCCUCCUGAUGUUGGACGCCCUCCUUACUUUUACUUCGAAAAUGUGGAGAAUAUGCCUUCAGGAGAGUGGAGUAAUAUCCAGCGACACCUUUUUAAUAUCGAGCCGGAGCUGAUGGAUGCUCUUAAUUUUUCUGUUUGUAGAAGGCCUAGAGGUUAUGUGCACAAUCUUCCUGUGGAAGGAAGAAUGGACAUUCUUCCAAAACCUCCAAUGACAAUACAGGAGCUAAUGGGAAGUGCUGCCAAGUACUGGCCUGACUGGGACAAGCGCGUAAAACUAAACACAAUUUGCACAAGGUCAGCUACUGAUUUUGUUUGGAGGCAAAUCAAAGAUCACCUCCAAGCUUGUGAGAAGAGAGGACAUCCAUUAGACGAGGAGAAGAAGAACAUUAUGUACUGGGCGCGCAAGUGGAAUCUGGUUUGGGUACGUCCAAAUAAAUUAGCUCCUCUCAGCCCUGAGGAAGUCGAGAAAUGUCUGGGAUUUGAUGUGAACCAUACUCGGGUUCUUUAUUCCCCUGUCGACAGAAUCAAGGUCUUAGGAAAUUCCUUUCAGGUGAAUACGGUCGCUUAUCAGCUUUCAGUUUUGAAGGCUCGUUAUCCUCAGGGUAUGAGAGUAUUGUCCUUGUUUUCAGGCAUAGGAGGAGCUGAAGUUGCUCUUCAUAAACUAGGUAUAAUUCUGAAGGUCGUGGUGAGUAUUGAGAUCGACGAAAAGGCAAGGAGUGUCCUGGACAGUUGGUGGAAGUCAACCGAUCAAAAGGGACAUCUGAUACACGAUCACACAGACGUGAAGCUUUUCGAUUCAAGGGUUCUUAUGGGACUUUUAAACAAGUACAAGGGCUUUGACCUGGUCAUAGGAGGCAGCCCUUGUAAUAAUCUCUCUGGGAACAACAGAUCCAGUCGUGUGGGUUUGCAGGGUACAGAAAGCGUAGCAUUCUUUGAGUUCCCUCGGAUAUUGAACGUUGUUAGAGACUUCAUGAGUGAUAUGGACGAAGAACUCGAUCUCGACUUUUCUGGCCUGUUAGGUCAAAACAAUGUCUGAGUCAGGGCUGGAUUUACUUAUGAGCAAGACACUGCUACUGAUGUAACAAGACAUCUGAUGGAGAUAACGCUGCACGAUAUGAGAGGGUUGGAGGUAAUGUGUAACUAUUCCAGCAGUGUAUGUUUUCUCUGCGGUUGAUCCUGGUUCUUCAAACCUCCUUGCUACAAGCCUCCCUUCGUCUAGGAAGUUCUCUUUUCUUGAAAGCUGAACUGUACACCAAGUUAAAAGCCAUGGUGCAUCAUUCUCAGUCCGACUUUUUUGGGAGGACUUCUUGUAUCUGCUAUCAGCAGAAAAGAUCAUAUUCACAAGUUUCAAGGAGGAAGAUGAAUUUCGGCAUUUCACUGGGAAAUCUGAACUACCUUAUUUCUUAAAUGCCUGGGAUCCUAUAUUUACCGGCCGACAAGGGCUCUUUGGUGUAGUUGGAGUUAUAUCUUGGAGAAUGCGUGCAAUCAAGUCUUGUUUCUCUACUACAAUACGGCAACGUCACACGGCAAUUCUGCUGAGGUUGAUUCAGAAAAGCUGCAUGAUGGGGCAUCCAACAGCAGAGGGAAUGAGCUUGUGCUCGGCACCAAACACUUCCACGUUUUUAUAUUCUGAAAUUUGGCCUGGUCUCAGCUUCUUCUCUCUGAGGGACGGUUUAUACGUAGAAAGGUGGCGGCUGUUCAAUGCCGUUUCUUUGUUGGAACACCAUUAGAUUCGUAGAGUUGCCACUUGGUGUUUGAACCAGUUUCAGAUGCCAGUGGCAGUUGUCUCAUGCGGACUUGAUGAUCCAAACCAUCUCCGCAGGUGGUCUAAAAGAUGGAUUCAGAUGCCCACUCCAAUCAUUAACUCACAAUAUGACAUUUCAGCAAUGCGUCAGAUUGCUCCUUUCACCCUUUGCACCCAGUCACAAGCAUGUAGUUAGUGGAACGAUGGGAACCUCAGUUGUUGAAGUAUGAUCUUACAAUUUGUUUGCAUGUAUUGUUUGCCCUUCAGUGUGUUGGAAGUCUUCAGAAUAAUUUUCCUGUACACACGUCAUUUGUAAUGCUCA